AUGGAUGAAGUUCGAGCAUUUUUUAUGAAUCCAACGCAAAGGAUUAAACUCAGAGGGCCUCUUACUGGAGGUGCUCGAAUCCUUACUGAAGAGGAUGACGAUAAGAUUUUUGGCAGAAAGAUGGAACAUCGGCAUUCAGCAUUGACUGAUGUCGGUACCGAUUAUGCCCGCGAAGUCAAGGAAAGGGAAACUGAGUUAUAUUUGCGGAAUGAAUUGAAUCGUGAAAAAGCUGCCAGCACAAGUGUGGCAGGCGGUCUAGAAUCUAUGGAGCACUUGUCUUUUGGAGUCUCUGUGCCCAACAUAGACGAGCUCAAUGAUGAAGCUAUGACAGAAGUGUACAACAAGUAUUCCUUCCAAAUGAAAGAGGACACUCAUAAUUUGGCUAUCAAUGCACACAAGCAGCAGAUUUUGGAUCGCAUCCAUGGUUUUCCAGUAGUCAUAGUGGAAGGUCCAACUGGGUGUGGUAAAACCACCCAGGUCCCACAAUGGAUCCUCGAUGACUGCUACCAGGCCCGACGUCCAUGUAAAAUAGUGGUUACCCAACCAAGGAGGAUUGCAGCCAUAUCUAUUGCAAAAAGAGUUGCACAAGAAAGAGGUUGGGAUGUUGGCGGUAUUGUUGGUUAUCAGGUUGGAUUGGAUUCUCGUACUACUACUGACACACGCAUUUCUUACGUCACCACCGGUGUAUUAUUGCAAAAGCUAGUUGCUGCAAAAACAAUGAACGAAUACACACAUGUGAUACUAGAUGAAGUCCACGAAAGGGGACAAGAGAUGGACUUCCUCUUACUGAUUGUGAAGAGACUACUAUACACUGUGUCACCAGGAGUCAAAGUGGUGUUAAUGUCGGCCACGUUUAACAAGCAGGCCUUCGCUGACUACUUCAAGAUCCCCACCCCUCGAGGCCUACAGAUGUCAUCCUGCAUCAAAAUCGAGAAACAAGAACAAAUGUUCACUGUUAAAGAGUUCUACUUAAAUCAUUUGACGAAAUUUGGAUCGAUUCUUCACCAAUCAACGCCAAAAACUGAUGAGCCAACUAUAGUUCCGGAGAUGCACCAUCUUGUCUUAAAACUUUUGAACGCAUUCGAACACAUAGACAAGCACGAGGACCAAAUAACAGAUCGUGAUGAUGCAGAGCUUUCAUCUGUCCUCAUCUUCCUGCCUGGUAUCCAUGAGAUUGAGGACCUGUAUGCUUGUCUCACGGACCUUGAUUUACGAGAAAAAAUUUGCGAUAGAGAGUGCCGUACGUACAGAUGGUAUGUGCUUCCCCUGCACUCCACUAUCACGUCGGAAGAGCAAGCUCGCGUGUUCCAACGAGUGCAGAAAGGACACAGGAAGGUCAUUCUCGCCACCAACAUUGCUGAGAGCUCUAUCACUGUACCUGAUAUAAAAUAUGUGAUCGAUUACUGCCUAAUGAAAGUGAUGGUCGCUGACCCGGAGACUAGUUUUACGUCAUUACGCCUCGCCUGGGCAUCGAAGACCAACUGCGAGCAACGAUCGGGCCGUGCCGGUCGAGUGCGCGAUGGACGUGUUUAUAGACUUGUUACUGAUAAGUUCUAUGAAGGAUUGAAACAGGAGUGCACACCAGAGAUAAUCCGGUGUCCCUUAGAGAGAUUGGUGUUGUUAGCCAAACUGAUGGACAUGGGGCCGCCGAGCGAUGUGCUGGCGUUGGCCAUGGACCCGCCAGACAUCAGCAAUAUACAGCGCACCAUACUUGCUCUUAAAGAGAUAGGAGCAAUGAAGAAGACGGUGGACGAUGAAUGGUGCGCCACGGACGGUGAUCUAACAUACUUGGGUCGCGUUGCGGCUAGACUACCCGUAGACGUCAAGUUAUCUAAGCUCAUCAUGCUGGGAUUCAUCUACGGGUGUCUUGAAGAGGCUGUUAUUAUGGCUGCCGCGAUGUCAGUGAAGAAUUUGUUCAGCAGUCCGUUCCGUGAAAGGUUGAAUGCUUACAACUCUAAGCUGACCUGGGCUGACGGGUCCACCAGCGAUUGUAUCGCUUUUCUCAACGUUUAUAAGGUAUGGAGCCACCUCCGUCAACAACAAUACUUCAGAUCGGCUGGUCAGUCAGAGACCGCCUGGGCGCGUCGCUUCUACGUACAAGCGCGAGCACUACGCGAACUGGACGAGUUGGAGAAGGAUCUGAGAAAACGACUCACUACACUAGGCAUUGAUUCACCCAAUGGCAAGUCACCGUGGAAUAAACAUGAACUUUCUCUGCUGUAUAAGGUGAUAAUAGCAGGCGCGUUCUACCCGCAGUACUUUAUCCAAGUGUCGGAGGACGAGAGCCGGGAACGUGACGCAGUGCGUACACUCGGCGGAAAUGAUCCUAGGAACACGGUUUACUUGAAGAACUUCCCGGACGAUCAACCAGGUGAAGUGUACGCGGGUGCGAUAAAGAAGGCAGUUUUGAAGCAAAUCUCUGAAGAGCCGCGAGUUACCUUCGAUAGUACUAGCAGGAAAGUGUACUUGACAUUCAAUGAUGGAUCGGAAGUCAAACCUGGAAAUCAAAAUAGUGGCGACCCCACAAUACCUGGCCAAGUGGUCCUGCCAGUGUACAAAGCUGUGAAGGCCAGACAGCUUCGGAUAGACGUCAGGAUACCAUUAUUGCCUCGGGACAAGGCGCAAACGAUGGCCGCGGCGUAUGCCUUGGACAAGAUGGCGUUGGACUUAGAACUAAUGGUGCCUCGUCUACCCGAAGUCGAUGAUACACAUUUCCCUUUGAAGAUUAGUCAGAUGACAAGCAUAAACAAGUUCUACGUGCAAUACGCGGACGAGAGUACGGAGCGUGAGUUGCAUACUAUACAGUCUGCGUUGAACAAGUCUACGUUACUGGCUCACACGGGGCCCGUAGUCGCGGGGAAUAUAUUGGCUGCGCCCUAUACUGAGGCUGGGACUACGCAGAUAUGUCGUGUCAGAGUCAUGGCAUUGCUACCCAGAGAAAUGGUUGAGGUAUUAUACAUAGACUACGGCAGCGAGGGUCGCGUCCACUCGUGCAACCUGCGCGGGCUGCCCGCGGCGGCCAGGUCCCCCCCCCCGCUGGCCAUGCGCUGCCGGCUGGCGGGGCUGGCGCCCAGUCCACUGCUGGACUCCCACGGGCACUACACUCCCGCCGCCACACAACGCUUCGUACAACUCGCUACACGAGGCAGAUUGCUCGCCAAGGUGUAUUCCGUGGUACAUGGAAUAAUAAACAUCGAGCUACUGGCAGAAGGCGGGAGGCUUAACGUUAACAACGAGCUUAUUAGGCUAGGUUUCGCUGUUUCCUGUGAUGAGAGUUACGAAUCUAAGCUAAACCACGACAUUCGAGAGAUGGCAGUAGAUAUGAACAUGGUUCAGAAACGCGCGCACAAUAGGGAACAGCUAGAGAUGGCUUACUACCAACUGAACGAGAUUGAACCGCCUAGCACUAAGGAAUGCGACUCCGAUGUAUGCCUCAAAGGACCGUACAGUCCGUUGGAGACGACAGUGCACACUCUGAUGUUUGCGAGCCGGGACCUGCCCGUGUCUAUUGAGUGGAACUCCGUCAACUCUGUAUUAUUGGACACUGAGCCACAGGAGAGAUAUGAAAGACUGGUAGUAGCAGGCGACGUGGGUAGCAACGAGCAACGCUCCCGUCUGACACUGCGACACACCACGCUGAUGCCCAACAUACCCGGCCUGCCUGCCAUCAUCGCGCUACUCUUCUGUCCCGUCGCGGAGCUCCGGCGCAACUCGCUGGGCACGCGCUACGUGUGCGCGCUGUGCGGGCUGGGCAGCACGGACGCGGGCAAGCCUUACUUGCCCGAGCAUGAUCUACUCAUUGACAUCGACGCGGACCUCGACGUAGAGGAUAUUGGUCUUAUCAACCACAUCCGUCACUUGAUGGACUACAUGAUGUUCUGCUACGACGGACAGGAACAGCCCACUGCCGAGGACGCGUUCAAACCGCAAGUACCACAGCUCAUACGCAAGGAUCUACUCGCCCUUCUAAUGAAACGCCGUCGCCACCGCGAGCCAGAAUACGUGGCCCGUACUUGGGAGUGGCGUUCCGUGGCCGAGGCAGAGCUCCUGGAGAUCUCAGUCCCUGACAUGAUGCAGUGCGCCGUUAUAUACCCACUACUGGCGCCGCAGGAACUACUGCCACUCACCAGGGACCAUCUACUAAAACUUAAGAAGGAAAAUGAAGAACUUAAGUUGCUUGUGUCCAGGACACCAAAUGCUUCAAGCAUGGAGUUGACCUGCAAACUAUGCAACACGAAGACGAUGUCUCUUCACUCAAUGCGCAUACAUUUAUACUCAAACUCUCAUCGGGAUAAAGAAGAAGAUUUCCAAACACUUCAGUCGUAA